UUUCUAUUAUUUGAGAUGUGUCUGGGUCAGAGUUGUCCUGGGACUUGCCUGCUCCUCUGGCAGCCAGCCCCUCCUGCUCCCCAGAAUGCUGUGUCUGUGGCUCCUCAGAAGCUCCUGCCUGGCGGCUCUGACUGUGACACUGCUUGUUCUGCGCUCUCCUUUGUCUCUGGCCAGGGACACCAGACCCCGUUUCAUGCAGCAAGUUAAACAUGAGUGUCAUUUCUCCAACGGGAUGCAGCGGGUGCGGUUCCUGGAUGGACACUUAUACAACCGGGAGGAAUACGUGCGCUUCGACAGCGACGUGGGCGAAUACAGGGCGGUGACCGAGCUGGGCCGGCUGGACGCCGAGUACUGGAACAGCCAGACGGACAGACUGGACUACAAACGCGGCCAGGUGGACACAUACUGCAGAUACAACUAUGGGGUUGUGGACAGCUUCCUGGUGCAGCGGCGAGUUGUGCCGACGGUGACCGUGUACCCUGCAAAGACGCAGCCCCUGCAGCACCACAACCUCCUGGUCUGCGCUGUGAGUGGCUUCUAUCCAGGCCACAUUGAAGUGCGAUGGUUCCGGAAUGGAGAGGAAGAGGAGGCUGGGGUGGUGUCCACGGGCCUGAUCCGUAAUGGAGACUGGACCUUCCAGACCCUGGUGAUGCUUGAGACAGUUCCUCAGAGUGGAGAGGUGUACACGUGCCAGGUGGAGCACCCGAGCGUGACCAGCCCCAUCACCGUGGAAUGGAGGGCACAGUCUGGAUCUGCACAGAGCAAGAUGCUGAGUGGAAUUGUGGCCUCUGUGAUGGGUCUACUCUUCCUGGGGCUGGGUCUGUUUACCUACUUUGGGACUCAGAGAGGAUGCCUGGGAUGAAAGGAAGAAGGGACACUCAGGGAAGAAUCUGUCUCUGACUCUUCAUCAUGAAAAGGUUUUCUUGGUGGCUGCUACUCUUCCACAGAGUGGCUUCCCAGGACUGGUGACUCUACAGAAGGUGUCCUCGCCCAUGGCUUCCACAGCCUCUGCCCUUGACCUGGAAGCCAAAAUAAUGAUGACCUUCUCGGUGUGGUGUUGCUGGUCCCUUUUGCAUUCAACCCUUACUGCUGCUCCUGCAUCUGAUCUUACCUGAGCCACAUUACUUUAUUAAAAACACUUUUCUCCAAUAAAUAUGAAGUGAGACAUCAUUUGCUUCCUACAGCUUCAUGGACAAGAAUUAGAAAAGAGAGAGUGUGGACCACACCACAAUACCAUCAUAAUUUUUCAUAUCUAAGGAUGUGAGGUACUGCAUGUGUUACGUGACUUGAUUUAGCUAUUCCACAAUGCAUGCAUGUGUGAAAACAUGCCAUAUAUUAUAAAUGUGGACAAUUUUACUUGUAAAUUUGUAAAUUAAAAAAAAAUAAAAUUGAAUCAAAGGUUUAAGAAGGCAAUGAAUAAAAACUGAAAAUAUCCUAUAGCAAUUGAAACAAAUUUGACAGAAAGUACAUGAGGGGGAACAAAGCUAGAACAGUAAAUUCCAUCUACAUGUACCUUUUUUUAAAACACUGUGUAACUGUAAUUCUGAAUCAGUAUAUAAUUCCAAAGUCCGUAGACUUUAAUAAUAUACUAUUUUAAGGGGGUAGGAAUGUUUUCAGAGAAAGGCAAAUAAAUUAGUUAAUAAGAUGAAGAGUUUUGUUAUUUCAUAUAAGGGGUCAGUUU